AGGUGUAUCUGCCGUAAGCCCCGCCCUCCCCGUGUGUACCUGGCUGAUCAGAGGAACAAAGCAGGAACUCGACAUUUCUGCGUGAAUGGAUCCGCGGGACUGAAUGGAUCCACGGGACUGAAUGGAUCCACGGGUCACAAGGGACGAGGUGUUCCUGAGGUCGGCUCCAGCCGCUCCGGGCCGCUCCCUGCUGGACGACACCAGCCUGGCUCUGCCGGCCGGGCCCGCCGCCUCCUCCUCGGCCAGGAUCCAGUCCACCGAGCGGAGCCUGCGGGUCCAGCAGCAGGUCCAGCUCACACUGGCGAGGAGGGCGAGGAGGAGCCAGUCCAACGGUGGUGUCCACUUACAGAGAAACACAGCAAAGAGCUUUGAUGCUGCAGAUGGACUUUUACCAAACAUGAAGAUAAACGGAUGGACCUCCACCAGCUGCUCUCUUUAUAGCAACCACGUGCGGAGACCGUCCAGGAGGGUGGAGGUGUCUCCGCCUCCGAGCCCACAGUUACCUCGCGCUCCCUUGAGUUACAGCACCCUGCGAUUUGGCACCUACACGAUCCCAGAACCCAGCCAGGCACAGAGGACGGGCACGCUGCACGACCGCCCGUACGGGACCGAUUCAUUUUGGCGCUACGCCUUCUCAGAGGCGCCUCGAGGCACGUGGCCGCACACGUCCACAUCUGCAAACAGGAACUUCCGCCAGAGCUUACGGAGACAGACGUCAGGGCCGCAGCCUGUGUUUGCAAAUGCAGCGUUUCAGCAGAGUGGGAGAUACGGCUCUCGCUGGAGUCAAAACCAGACUGAGAAACACAAUGUGCAGGAGAGAGGUGGUGAUGAGGGGCUGUCGUGGUUGGCUCAGGUUAGGAGGAACCCUCAGGGCCUCCGCAGGUUGAACUCGUACCCGCCCUCGGUCACUAGCGUGGAGGUGGACAUGGUCAGGCAGGUGGAAGGAGACGUCCCCGUUCAGCAGAUACAGACGCAGGAUGUCAUGACGCUGAAGUCGGAGAACAAGCUUCCAGAGAUGACGCUGGAUAAGGCCAUGGGUCUGUUGACGCAGGAUAACAAGGAAACGCUGAUCUACGCAGCCAGCCACAUUCAGAAUCAAUGUUUCAAGAGUGCAGAUGCUAAGAAGAUGGUGUUCUAUCUCCGUGGAAUCGGAAAGCUGCUGCAGCUCCUCCACAACGACAGCGAGGAAGUGCAGCGCGUCGCCGCCGGCUCGCUGCGCAACGUCGUGUACCAGAGCAGCGAGAACAAGAUGGAGGUGAAGGAGAACGACGGCCUGGCCACCAUAUUGGGCGCGCUGAAGAGAAGCCGUGAUAUCGAGACCAGACGACAACUCGCUGGUCUCUUGUGGAACCUCUCCUCUCACGACCUGCUGAAGGAGCAUCUCUCCAGAGAGGCCUUAUCUGUCCUCACUCAGUCCGUCCUCGUGCCCAGCUCCGGAAUCUCUGAGGGGGAGAACCCAAAAGACGAGCUCCUCGCCGACUCUGAGGUUUUCCACUCUGCCACAGGCUGCCUGCGAAAUCUGAGCUCUGCGGGUCCAGACGGCAGAAAGGCAAUGAGGCACUGCGAGAAUCUUAUCGACUCUCUGGUCUACUACAUCCGGGGCACCAUCGCUGACUACAAGACGGAUGACAAGUCUACAGAGAACUGCGUGUGCAUCCUGCACAACCUCUCUUACCAGAUCGAGGCAGAGCUUUCUCUAAAUUUCCCCCAGGACCUCAGAGAGUCUCGACGAAACCUUGCUCCCGACCCAAAGAGCGUCAGCUGCUUCUCUCCACGCAGCACCAAGAUCACAGAGCAUCUGGAGCGACAGUGCCCCCUGCUGGAGGAGAAGGCCAACCCACGUGGCAUAGAGUGGCUGUGGAGCGCCAUCACUGUCCGCAUGUACCUGUCGCUGAUCGCCCGCAGCGUCCGCCACGCCACCCAGGAGGCUGCUGUCGGAGCCCUGCAGAACAUCACAGCUGGGAGUGGAGCGGUGUGUGAAGCCAUCGCUUUCACUGUUGUCCAGCGGGAGAAUGGUCUUCAUCAAGUCAAGACCAUGCUGCAGGGGAGAGAGACCGACGUGAAGAGGACGACCGUGUCCCUGAUAAGAAACCUCUCUCACCACCAUGAACUGCAUCCUGACAUCGUGAAGCAGGUGUUGCCAGAGUUGGUGGCGAUGCUGCCCAACGACGACACGGGCACCGACCUGCCCACUGAGGUGACGGCAUCUCUGUGUCACAUCCUGUUCAACCUGUGUCAGAGCGACCCGCAGCACGUCAAAGCCAUCGUGAACCAGGGGGCGCUCUCUAAGAUCAUCAACAUCAGCAGCAGAGACAGCGGUUAUGGACCAACCAGAGCGGGUCAGGCUGCGUGCGCCCUGCUGCACACCAUGUGGAAAUACACUGAUCUCCAUGGAGCCUACAAGAAGUGCGGCUACAGGAAAACUGAUUUCAUCAAUGUGAGAACGACAAAGGCUGUGAACUCUGGACGAAACUGAACCUUCCUCCCUCGUGUUCAGUACAUCGUUCUCCAAGCUGCACUUGUUCGCAGUAUCAACACUUGUAGUCACAAGUCACCCACUGCACUGUUUCCCUUUAUUUGAACCGCUGUUUAGUAGAAGAUGCUGCAGACGAAACAUUGUAAACUACGUCUGUAUUUCCCGUUAAGGUUUCAUGAAAUGGUUCAAAACUUUUCUUUGUUUGUUUGAAUGUGUUGCUCGGACUGUAGCUAAAGAACAAGCGUGGUUUCUAGAUUUUUUUGUAAAAGUGGAAAUAAGAAAAGAGUCAAAUGUUGAGAGUAAGAACAUAUUAAAAAAACGGUAACACUAUUCACAUUAAUGUGACUUUUAAAUCACAUGUUAGUUUAUUAUCCUUCAUUAAAAGCAUCAGGUAUUUGCAGCCGCUGUCUUUGUGCCUCAUGUUCAGACAAACUGAUGGAGGAAUUUAGAAACUUUCCCUGAAUUAAUAUUCCUUUAUGUUUUCAUAGUUUAUUUAAUAGUGGCAGCUUGUUGGUCAGUUUAUGGUUUUGCUGUGUGUUUUUUUUCUCACUUCAGGUUAUUAUAUGAAAGAAGCUCAAUGAAAAACAAAUUCAAUAUUUAAACUCAAAAUAAGGAUGAAGAUCAACCUGUAUAUAUCUCAUGUAUAUAAAUGUAUUUUAAGACUUCCUGCUUUAAAACAAGCUGCUCUCCUGCUGUCUGCCUUAUUUAGUGUUU